CACAGGACAGAAACCUUUCUGUUGUGAUCUAUGUGGACAAAGAUUUAGCUGUAAAUCUAAUUUAAACACACACAUGAGAAUCCACACAGGACAGAAAUCUUUCUGUUGUGAUCUUUGUAGACAAAGAUUUAGCCAAAAAUCUAGUUUAAACACACACAUGACAAUCCACACAGGACAGAAACCUUUCUGUUGUGAUCUUUGUGGACAAAGAUUUAGCCAAAAAUCAAAUUUAAACACACACAUGAGAAUCCACACAGGACAGAAACCUUUCUGUUGUGAUCUUUGUGGACAAAGAUUUAGCCAAAAAUCAAAUUUAAACACACACAUGAGAAUCCACACAGGACAGAAACCUUUCUGUUGUGAUCUUUGUGGACAAAGAUUUAGCCAAAAAUCAAAUUUAAACACACACAUGAGAAUCCACACAGGACAGAAAUCUUUCUGUUGUGAUCUUUGUGGACAAAGAUUUAGCCAAAAAUCAAAUUUAAACACACACAUGAGAAUCCACACAGGACAGAAACCUUUCUGUUGUGAUCUUUGUGGACAAAGAUUUAGCCAAAAAUCAAAUUUAAACACACACAUGAGAAUCCACACAGGACAGAAACCUUUCUGUUGUGAUCUUUGUGGACAAAGAUUUAGCCAAAAAUCAAAUUUAAACAAGCAGAAGAGAAUCUACACAGGACAAACCUUUCUGCGGUGGCCUAUGUGGACAAGGUCAUACCCAAAAAGUAAAUUUAAAAACACACAUGAGCCUCCACAGGAAGUAGAACUGUCUGUUGUGAUCUAUUGAGGUUUUUCUAACAAAAUAACUCUUUUUGAACCGAUUUGGUUUGGGUGCCUUUGUGUUUUGUCAAGCCCUGAUGCUUAUUCCCACCAGUUUUGGGAAUAAGCAAAUGUACAACAGUGAGCAUUGCACAACAAGGGGGAAAAACUUAGUAUCUAUGGCAUAGUAAUAGUGCCAAAAUUAAGACUAUUGCUCACAGCAAUGGCUCCUUCCUUGUUGCAGGAGGCUAUAUCCAUUCCCCCACUCGUUUUUCUCAGUUGUUGUGUCAUUGGUCCUUGAAACUAAUCCUAACUAGCAUUAUCAUGGCUAUUACUGCCUUGUUGUCCCUACAAGAGAAAAUUAAGACCAUCUGGAGAAAUUUGUAAUGUUAGAUAUAAUGAUUGAUUUUCACUGUAUAACACUAUAUGUUAGUUAUGCACAAACUUGUAACGAUUGAUGCAGUGUGUUGAGGAUAUUUUUUGCAAGCUUGCUGUUAGUUGUGUUUUGCCAAAGGAUUCAUACUCCUGCAUUUUUUUGGGCCUUAUGGUUGAUUACGCUUUAUGUACAUGCGCAGGUUGGUUUUUUUUGGAACCCCAUUCAAAUAUGGACAUUAUUUAGCUGCGUGCUUCUGCAGGCUUGGAUUGAAUGGACUGGAUUCCUGGUUUCAUCGCAGGACCUGGGAUGACUAGAUCCACUGCUGCUUUGCCCUGGAUGAAGAUAAAAUUUGCAUUUAAAGAAACACAUGGCCUUUGAAAUUGACAAAUCUACGUAGUAACAAACUGACUUGACUUAACUGACUUAAAUUAGGAACUGAAUUACAAAAAGGAACUGAACAAUCAUCCCAAGAAGUGAACAUACCAAAUGUUUUAUAAAGUGGAAACUUUGUGUUGUUAGAGAGUGCAAGAACAUUUUUA